AUGGCUGAUCAAAACCUAAGAAUCAUCGUUGAGAAGAACCCCUCACAGUCACGACUCGGUGAACUAAACUUCAUGUGCUGGCCCAAAUGGGGUUGCUCUCCUGGGAGAUAUCAGCUAAAGUUUGAUGCAGAAGAGACCUGCUAUUUGGUGAAAGGAAAGGUGAAAGCAUACCCAAAAGGGUCGUCAGAGUUUGUUGAGUUUGGUGCAGGGGAUCUCGUGACCAUACCCAAAGGACUAAGUUGCACUUGGGAUGUGUCUCUUGCUGUUGAUAAAUACUAUAAAUUCGAGUCGUCUUCGUCACCGCCACCACCUUCUUCUUCUUCUUCUUCUUCUUCAUAG